UAGAAAGAGAAUGGGAGAGAGCUCGGGAGUUCCCAGUAGAUGAGGAUAAUGGCGCGUGUGGGAGCAGCGCUCCUCGUGCCACUCCCCACCUCCAAUCAUCCCCCUUCCGUGCGCCCUCCCACCUCCAAAACCUUCCCUCCUCCCACCGCUUUCUUUAGCAGCACAAAUGCCGAGAGACCCACCUGGGCCGCUACGCUCUCGUCUGCGCGGCGGGGAAGGGGAAACGGCCUCUCCGGCGCCGCCUCGGGGCGCCGACGCGGGGGAAGAGGGAGCCGGGCGGUGUCUCCGACGACGGCGACGAUGGGUCGGACGAGGAGGACGACGGGGAUGAGCCGCUGAUGCCCUUGGAGGAGAUGGCGCGGUGGCUGGAGAACAAACCGGCCGGGUUCGGGGAAGGGAAGACGUACGAUACCACGCUCGAGGAGCAGCUCUUGGAAGAGACGGAGAGGAGCAGGAAAGCCCAGCUUGCCAACAUCAAUAAGCUCAAGAACGAAGCCAAGAGCGCGGCCUCCGCCCGGCCAAAGAAGCAAGAGCCGCGACGUAAAGUUUUAAAAUGGAGAUUUUCAGAAAUAGAUGUUAUUCCAAGUGCGGCUCGUGUACGCAUGUGGAACCUUCCAAGGAAGAAGAACAUCCACAGAGACCUGUGUUUGGCUUUCAAAGGGUUCUCUGGCAUUAUUAAUAUAAUCCCAGCAGUUACUGGGAACCAAAAGACCAGGGAUCCUAUCUGCAAGGGUUUUGCAUUCCUUGACUUUGAGUCUGAGGAAGCUGCAAACAGGUUUGUACAGAAGUAUUCCACAACACAUGUGCUUUUUGGGAAGGUACAGAAGCAGAUUAAUUGUGUUGUCAUAAACUCACAUGGAUCUUUUAACACUUCUGAGGAGUCAGUAGAUGGCAUUCAGACAUUCUCUCAGCCAAAAGUUACUGACCUGGGAGUUGAGGUUCCUACACGGUCUGAUAUUAAUAAACUUUCACAGAAUUCUUGUGGUGAAACUAUUGACAUAGCAGUAGUUGACAAAACUGGACAAGAAUCUGUAUUGAUUGAGAAUGGCACAGAUGGUCCGCUGUCUCAUUUCAAAGCAGUAGAAACUGGCAUUCAUCAUUCGGACACUUCCCUUUCAUAUGAUGUGGAAAAAGGGUGCGACAAAAAUGCAGACACAUUGGAUUCAAAUCUUUCUACUCCAUUGCAAAGACGAAGGAAACAAAAAGAUUCAAAGAAGAAAACAAUCAAGAAAAUAUCCGUGAAGACGUCAAAUUUGAGCCUCCCCGGUUCCAUGACCAGGUUAAAGGUGAAGGAGAGGGCAGUCCUCACCGGUGUUUUAUCUAAGUAUGGAGGAAAGGUUGCUGUACCUUUAUCAAAGGAGAGCUGAUUCACAGCAUUCAAGUGCUCCUGUGUUACAUCAUCAAUGGCUCUGAAGGAACCACUAGUUAGCGCAUCAGUGGUGUGACAAGGAAACCUAAUGUUGUUUUAGGGUGGAUUAACCCACUCUAGUUGUAACAUGGUUUAUGUACCCUUAAAGCUUUUUGCAUACCACUAAUUUUUGGCAUUUAUUUUUGGUACAUAAUUUUUGCAAUUUAUGGCAAAGAGAUUUUAACUAAA